AUGCUUUCUGAUAUAGAAUAAACUUAAAAUAGCUGCUAAGUUUGUAAGAAAUAAGACGUAGAAUUAUCAAGAUGCUCUUCUUGCAAAUAAAUUUAUUAUUGCUCAAUAGAAUGUCAAAAAAAAGAUUGGAAAGAACACAAAUUUAUUUGUUCUGAAAUACAAUUGAAAUAACAGAGAGAAAAAUAAAGAGCAGAAAGAAAAGCAUAGGGAAAGAAAGCUAUUGAAGAUUUCGCAGAUUUCGAAGUUUUGGGUCAUGGAAAUUUUUCAGAUAUCUAUAAAGUUCGAGAAAUUGAAACCAAUUAAGUCUAUGCAUUAAAAUAGAUAAAUAAACGAAAGCUAACCUAAGUUAACAAGGAAAAAGAUGUUUAUAUGGAAAAACAUUGUUUAGGCAAGCUUACAGAUAAUCCGUAUUGUAUUAGGUUAUAUUCAACAUUUCAGGAUGACGAAAAUCUGUACAUGCUUAUGCAGUAUGUUGAUGGUGGAGAAUUAUGGUAACAAAUUCACAAUUUUGGAGCCAGGGCUUUUCCACUUUGUCUAUACUAUAUUAGUGAAAUAAUUAAAGCAAUAAAUUCUAUCCAUAAUAUUGGUAUUGUUCAUAGAGACAUAAAGAGUGAAAACAUACUAUUAACGUAAGAUAAAAAAAUAAAGUUUAUUGAUUUUGGAACUGCAAGAGACAUGAAUGAUCCAACCAUUGAAGGAAGUGGAAAUGGUAGAAAAGGAAAGCAGGCUUUUAAACAUUUUGUGGGAACUCCUUAGUUUAUGGCACCUGAAUGCAUAAGGAAUAAAGACUCGAAUGAAAAAUCAGAUAUUUAUUCAUUAGGUGUGUUAUUUUAUCAUAUUGUUUUUGGUAAGUAUCCCUUUGAUGGGAAAAGUGAUUAUUUGGUGUUUUAAUAAGCAUUGGAAACGGAACUUCAGUUCCCAGAAGGUUGGAUAGACAACGAAUAAUUUAGAAGUCUUAUUCGAAAGAUGUUGUAAAAGGAUUCUUAGGAUAGACCAACUCUGGCUGAAAUAAUGCAGGAUUAAUUGUGGGGUGAGAAUUUCGAUUGGAAUGCAGAGUAAGACUAUUAGACUGUUUUAAAUGGGUUGAAGGAGAUUGAUAAGUUUACUUUUGAUUUUGCUUUGGAGUUGAACAAUGCUGAGAAAUUGGAGGAGAAGAUUUGCGUCAAGUAUGAGAUUAAUAAGGUUUUGGGGAAGUACGAGAAACUGAUAAAGGAUGAAGAUUAUUAGAAACGAUUCAAUUACAUGAAAUAGAUUGUAGAGUAGAAUUUGUAAAAUAGAAAAGAUGAAGAUGAGGAGCCGUAAUAAUUUAGAUGAUUACAUGAAAUACAAUUUACAAAAAGAGAA